AUGAAUAUAACUCUGCAAGCUUUUCUACUAUCUAUAUCAUGGUUUCUAAGUUUCUUAGUGACUCUGAUCUCUCUAGUUCUUAUAAGCAAGCUUCAGUUUUGUGGCUCAAAUAUUAUUGACCACUUUUUCUGUGAUGUGGCUCCAAUUUUAGAACUUUCUUGCUCAGACACGUCUCUAGUAAAAUUGGAGAUAUAUGUAUGUUCUGUUCCCAUAGUACUUUUACCAUUUCUGUUCAUUACGGGCAGUUACAUUUCUAUAUUUGUGAAUAUUAUCCAGAUAUCUUCUACUACUGGUAGACAGAAAGCCUUCUCCACUUGCAGUUCUCAUCUGAUUGUUGUAUGUAUGCCUAUACUAUGGAACGCUCUUUGCCGUGUAUGUCGUACCAACAAACCUCUCCUCUCUAAAUAUGAGUAA